UUUUCUCUUCAUAUUACAGCCAUGAAGCUUCUCUGUCUGCUGCUGUUGGCCUGUUUGGCUGGCUGUGGUGCUUCCAGGUCAAGAGACUGGGCUCAUCACGGGGCUCCCAUGUUUGCCGACCUCACAGUUCGUGAAUUGAAAUCUGUCCGGGCGUACCUGCAUGGUAUUCCGCAACUGGAGCUCACUGACGCUCGCAGCAAGCCUCUGAAUAAGAACAGCAUCCUCCUGAUAGAACUCCAUUUGCCAAAGAAGCACGAAGCCCUGAGAGCUCUGGACCAUGGACGGUCAAAACCCCCACGUCAAGCCCGUGUCAUCAUUCAGUUCGGGAACCAAACCAAACCCAACAUCACUGAGUACAUUGUCAGUCCAUUACCAACCCCAACGUCUCAUGAGGUUAAGACCUUCAAGGGGGGUAGGCCUGUCCGCUUUGAGUCGAGGCCUAUUACCGCUGCAGAGUAUCAGCAUAUGAUUGCCAUCCUUGAGAAGAUUACAACUAAAGCUCACAAGCUCCUCUUUGAGACCACAGGCGGGUUUUCCUUCACUAACUGCUCUGACCGCUGCCUGACGUUCUCUGACAUAGCCCCCCGUGGGCUGGGUCCUGGUGAGAGGAGAACCUGGAUCAUGCUGCAGAAGUUUGUGGAGGGUUAUUUCAUCCACCCAGUUGGGUUUGAGGUACUGGUCAACCAUCGGGACCUGGACCCAGAAAAAUGGGCAGUUGAAAAGGUCUGGUACAACAGCAUGUACUUUGACAGUGUUGAGGAGCUGGUAGAAAAGUAUGAGUCAGGAGGUGUGGAGAAGAUCAAGUUACCCGAUCACGAUGACAAUGACCUCUACUCCACCUACAUCCCCCGGGGUAACAGCAACACCCCCACCAAUAUCCACGGGCCAAAGCUUGUGGAGCCUCAGGGGCCUCGCUAUCUCGUUGACCGCAACUUUGUUGAAUACGCUGGAUGGUCUUUUGCCUACCGAGUUCGCUCAUCAGCCGGGCUUCAAGUCUUUGACCUACGUUUCAAUGGAGAAAGGAUUGCCUACGAAAUCAGCCUCCAAGAAGCGAUUGCCUUCUAUGCUGGUGAUACUCCUGCGGCCAUGCAAACAAAGUAUAUUGAUGCAGGAUGGGCCAUGGGCACCUCAAGCUUCGAGCUAGCGCCUGGAAUCGACUGUCCAGAAAUUGCCAAAUUUAUCGACCUUAACCACUACUACGACACAGACAAUCCUGUGCACCACAAAAAUGCACUUUGUAUUUUUGAGAUGACAACGGGUAUGCCCCUCAGAAGGCAUUUCAACUCCAACUUCAAGGGGGGAUACAACUUCUAUGGGGGGCUGGAAAACAGUGUGCUGGUGCUGCGGACAACCUCGACGGUUUACAACUAUGAUUACAUCUGGGACUUCCUCUUCUACCAGAAUGGGGUGAUGGAGGUAAAGGUCAGCGCCACUGGAUACAUCCACGCCACAUUCUUGACACCCAACGGACUUCAAUAUGGCACCAAGGUGUACAAUUAUGUGCUGGGUAACUUGCACACACACCUCAUCCAUUACAAGGUGGAUCUGGAUAUCGCUGGUCGAGAGAACAGCUUUGAGUCGAUUGAUCUGAAGUUUGUCAACUUCACAAAUCCCUGGAGCCCGAAGAAUUUCAUCGUCCAGUCCAAACUCCACAGGACAGAGCACAAGACCGAGCGAUCUGCCGCCUUCCGCUUUGGCAAAAAGUUCCCCCGCUAUGUGCACUUUUACAACGCCAACGAGAAAAAUAAAUGGGGGCAGCAGAGGGGUUACCGAAUUCAGUUCAACUCACAUGCCCAUAGUGUCCUUCCAAAAGGCUGGAGAGAGGAAAAUGGCAUCAGUUGGUCAAGGUAUCCUCUGGCUGUGACUCGUCAUAAAGAUAGUGAAGCCAGCAGCAGCAGCAUUUACAGCCAGAACGAUCCCUGGGAGCCUGCCGUGUCCUUUGAGGACUACAUCCGCAACAAUGAGGACAUAGUCAACCAGGACCUAGUUGCCUGGGUGACGGUGGGCUUCCUGCAUGUGCCUCACUCAGAAGACAUCCCCAACACGGCGACACCCGGCAACGCAGUGGGUUUCUUCCUUCGUCCCUUCAAUUUCUUCGACGAAGACCCUUCGCUGUCGUCGCGCAGCACCAUCAUCGUCCGGCCGGGCAAGGAUGGCAAACCCAAGGUCCAGAGAUGGACACCUGAGGUCGUAGGACACUGUGUGACGGACAAGCCAUUCUUUUACAACGGCACCUAUGCAGAAGUCUAA